AUGACGUCUUCUCAUUACAAUACCGGUAUCUCAACAACUGGACCGAGAGGAUCUGCGGCAAGAAAGUCCAAGGCGGCGGACCGGUUGAGAGAAGGGACCGAUUGUGUUUUGAAGAGGUAUGCAGGAGGACGGCCAGCCGUAUUUAAAGCAGAGGAAAAUCGAUACAGGCACUUGCUGACGGAAAAGCUACCCUCUGGCGAGUUGGCUGUAGCCAAUCACGAGAGCGUGUGGAGCGGCCAGAUAAGUCAGUGGAAAGAUGCCGUCGCGCCUGCAGAUCCAGUGUCUGUCUGUCAGUCAUUCCGACCGAGUGCAAGCUCACACGCUCAGGCACCACGACUAGGUGGAACCGCAAGCAAGAGCAUACAGGGACAAGACAACUUUGACAAAACAUCACUCCAAUUCCUCUCUAUCGUUGCCUAUAGUUUUAGCAUCUCCAGCAUUCGGCUUGGCUGUUGUGCCGAUCAUGAACUGUUGGUGUGUGUUUGA